AUGGCGGACGGACUGGCGGGAUCGGACGGCGGCGGCGGCGGCGGCGGCGGGACCGACGGCGGCGGCGUCUUGGUCACGGGCGAGGGCGCCGGCGUCGCCGCGAAGGACGACGACGACGCGACGAUCACGGCGGACGUCUCGGAAGGCGUCGGCGGGAGCGGCGCCGUAACGGUCGCGAAGCCGCCGUUACAUCCGCGCUCGGCGAGCGUGUCUUUCGCGGCGGCGGCGGAGGCGCCGCUGACGCCGCCGACGAACAAAGUCGUGUUCAAACGCCUCACGCGCGAGCACAACCCCGACGACCCGCUCGAGGCGAAGCGCCUCACGGACGCGGGCGCGCGGUUGGACCGCGCGCGCGACGGCCGCGAGGUGACGCGUCUCGGCGGCGAGGAAGAGGGCCCGAUGCGCGUCUACCCCGGCGGUCUCGCCACCUCCCGCGCCGUCGGCGACUUCGACUCCCCCGCGGUGAUCUGCGAGCCCGAGUGCACGCGGGUCUCGCUCCCGCCCCACGGCGGCCGUCUCGUCGUCGCGACGGACGGGCUGUGGAACGCGAUGAGCGACGGCGACGUCGCCGCGAUCGCCGCCGGCGCGGACUCGGCGGACGACGCCGCGGACGCGCUCAUGCGGACCGUCGUCGAAGAGCGCGGGUUGCACGACGACAUCACCGUCGUCGUCGUGGACGCGCCGCCGCCGAAGGAGAUGUUGCGCGCCGCGAGCAAGGUGCAGCCGUCGCCGUCGGAGUCCCCGGGGGUGUCGGGGAGGGGCAGGAAUACGGCGUUCGGGGUGAUCGGGAUCCCGGGACCGGGAGGGUCGGGGGGCUCGGGGCCGGGUUUGGGGCUGUCGGGGCCGGCGCCGCACGACGCGCAUCGACGCGUCGCGGGCGGCGAGACGCAUCGCGGCCCGCACGAUCCGCCCUUGUCGCCAACGGUCCGGCGGUCGCUCGACUUCUCCCCGACGUUGGACCCGAUCGACCAGUCCCCGAACCCGUCGCUCAAGGGCGGGAGCGUCGGGUUGGGGAGCGGGAGCGCGGCGCGGCCGGGGCGAGGAUGCGAUAUGGACGCCGUCGCGGAGCGUCUCGAGAGAGCGGACUCCGGCGCGGGAGAACGCGCCAACCCGCCGAUCGUCCCGGAAAAGUUUGACUACCUCCAGGACGACAUCACGGUGCGGCGAGGCAUGUUAGUGCUCGACGAGGGCGGGACGACGCCGACGCCGUGGGGUCAUAGAGGCGCCGCCGCGAGGGGGGCCGCGAGCGGCGUCGACGCCGCGACGCCGAGUGAAGACACGUCGUCGUCGGGCGGCGGCGGCGGCGCGGGGGGCGGUGUUUUCUCGCGACUGUUUCGCGCGUUGACGUGCCGCAAGCGCUCUCCCGUGAUCGAAUCCUCGACGCUGCACGACGACUACGUCGUCGGGAAGCUGUUAGGGCGAGGCGCGUUCGGGUCCGUGCGGAUCGCGACGCUGCGGCUCGGACGCGGCGACGGCGGCGUCGCGUCGACGACGCGCGCGGUCAAAUCCAUCGCGUACGACGGGAAGAGCCGCGACAACGCGCUGCACGAGAUCGAGACUAUGCUCGCGGUGAGCGGCCGGCACCCGUGCCUGCCGACGCUGUACCACGCGUACAAGGAGAAGGCGCGCGGGAGCAAGAUUGUCCACCUGGGCGGGAAAGUUCUCGACGCCAUCUCCGAGCGCGGGCGGUUCACCGUCGCGGACUGGGAAGCGCUCGCGGUGCAGCUCCUCGGCGCGGUGUCGUUCAUGCACACCGUCGGCGUCGUUCAUCGCCACGUCGUCCCGGACAACGUCAUGCUGAACCGCGAGUGGAAGAAGUCAGAGCCGCCGAGGGUGGUCCUCGUGGACUUUGGCAGCGCCGCGUUCGCGCGCGGAGAGCGAAAGGACACGCUUCGCGAUUUCCCCGAGGGACUGAAGGGCGCGAAACUGUUCGCCGCGCCGGAGAUGUGCCGCGGCGACGCGUACGGCGCCAAGUCCGACGUGUGGUCCGUCGGCGUGCUGCUCAUGGUGUUACUCACCGGGCUGCCGCCGCCGGACAAGGAGACGGCGGUGCACGAAGAGAUGCAGCGGGGGACGCUGCCGCGGAUGCCGCCGUCGACGCCCGCGCGAUUCACGCGCCUCAUCGCGUCUUUACUCGCGCCGAACGACGCGCUGCGGCCGACGGCGUCCACCGCGCUCGCGAAGCACCCGUGGCUCUCCGAGAGCACCCGAGGAGGCGGAUCGAGCACCCGGGAGCGGUCCAGGGCGCGACGGAAGUCGACGGACACGCGGCUGGUGGGCACCGAGCGCAUCGCGGAGAUUGAGUCGGCGCGGACGCGUUACGCGCGCGCGGCGGCGUUUAUCCUCUCCGUCGCGCUCGACCCGAAGCAAGUGCACGGACUCGUCUCGAAGCUUCGCAAGCGCGGGAUCGACGACACGGACCCCGUGCCCGCGGGGAUGUUGGAGCGGACGCUGUGGAAGAUGGACGCGAAGGAGGCGGCGAUACAGCUCGAGCUGCUGCGGUCGCAGUCGUUCGCGCAGGCGUUCCCGGACGAGGAAGAGGACGCCGACGUGGACGCCGACGUGGACGCCGACGUGGACGCUGACGUGGACGCGGACGUCGUCGUCGACUUCGACGACGUGGGCGUGGAGAAGAAUGACGUGAACGACGUGAACGAAUCAGAAGACGCCACGUCGUCGUCCGCGGCUCGGCCGAAGGCGCUCGUGAGCCUGCUCCACGGCUUGCCGCCGUCGCGGGAGAACACCGACAAGUCCGGGAUCUCGUUGUUGUCGACGUCAUCGGACGAAACGCACCUCAUGAAGACGUGUCACCCGAGCUUGCCGCCGUCGCGGGAGAACACCGACACCGACGGGUCCCUGAACCUCUCGGACCGGGAAGGGAGCGCGCGGGACGCGUCGUCGCGGCCGCCGUCGCGGCUCAGCCAAUCCGCGACGGGCGGCGGCGGCCAGGGCGCGAUGGAGUCGGACCGCGAGCACGCGCGCGAGCGGUUCGCCCGCGCGAGGUUCGGAUCUCGCAACCCGAGCGAGGUUUCGAUGCGCAGCGACGGCGGCGGCGACGACGACGACGAGUCGGAUCGCCGGACGUCGUUCAACUUCACGUCGCACGACUCCCUCUCCGUGGAGAUGGCGUCGCUGCUCACGCUCGCGGAGCUCCACGCGAGGCACAGGCGGGUGUACGAGGCGGUUAACUUGUCGUGCAGCACGUUGCGCACGGAGCUCCUCACGAAGGCUGGCCGAGGCGCCUCCGGGAAUCUAGAUCUCAGCGCGCGCGGCAAGCGAAUCAGCGACGGCGUCGUCAACGGAGGGAACGCGAACGGGAACGACGCCUCCGGCGAGGGGAGCCAGAGCGGCAGCGGCCGCGCGCGCCGCGCCGCGGCCGCCGCGAACGAGAACGCGGCGAGCGGCGCGGCCGCCGGCUCGAAGGCCGGGUCCCUCGGGAGCCCCGGGGGCCCCGGGGGCCCGAGCUCGCCGGAGCAAAAAUCGACGAGGAAGAGCGGCGGCGGACAGUCCAACGAAAUUCGCGGCGGAAGCAUCCACCGCGGCAUGCUGAUGGCGAUGCUCACGCGCGUCGGCGACGGACCGUCCAUGGCGAACGUGCUCGCGGACGGCGACGACGCCUCCGGCUCCGCCGCGGGCGGCAGCUCGGUCGACCUCUGCGGCGGCGGCGGCGGCGGCGACGACGAAUCCCCGGGGGAUAGCCGCGGCGGCGGCGGCGGCGGCGGCGGCGCGCGGCGGCGGGCGCCUUCGAGGUCGAAAACGCCAGAGCCAAACGACGACGACGACGGCGCGCCGUCCCCCGGCCGGAGCCUGCACCGCGGGUCCUCGUGGGACAAAGGCCUCGCGGACGCGGCGGACGCGGCGCGAAAUGCGGCGGCGGCGGAGGGGGAAGAGGGCGAGGCUGGGAAGGGCGGGAAGGGACGCCAGCGGCGCCCUUCGGACACGGACGUCACGUGGGCGGACGACGCGAUGAAACUUCAAAUCGCCGGGGCGGGCGCGAGCGAAACCUCCGAGACCGAGGCCGUCGUGACCCCGGGCGGCGGGGUCAAAGUCGGGCGGUUCAACGUGAAGAGCGACAAGGAGAGCGUCGACGCCGCCGCGGCGGCGGCGGCGGCGGACGCGAACCGCCGCGACGCAUCCGCGGAACCGGGGAAGUUCCGCGCGCAGUCGCCCGAGUCGAGAUCGGGGGGCGACGACGCGGACGGCGACGCCAUCCCGCGCGCGCCGUCGUGGUGGGCCGAGGAUUUGGAGAGCUCCGUGAGGAAGGAGCAGCUCGCGCUGAACGCGCUGAUCAUCGACGGGUUAGAGGAACACCACGCGUAG